GGCAGAUCAUUAACUUGGAAUAUAACAAGUAUACCUUAUCUUCAAAUAGGAUUAAUUACUACUUUCUGUAUAAUGGAUUUAGAAAGAUUUGCAGAAUUUGUUCUUAAGAACCAACAUCUCCCUUUGAAGAAAAUGGAAAAGAAAUACCAAGAAUUACAAGCCAUUAUUCAGUCAAGUAGAACUGGCAAGUUUCGAUUGAUUAUGGAACUCGCAAAAAAGCGCUUUGUAAUAUAUUGCUGUCUUCGGGAAAUCAGUAGCACUGGUUACCCUCCAAGGUCAAGGAUCACUGAUUUGCUUCUGCCAACGGCAAUUGUCAGAAAACCUAAUAGGAAGUCGAGUGAAACAUUAUAUUUAUCAUAUUUGGUAUUUGCAGUUAAAAUUUUUAAUCAAACAGUUUCAACAAAAAACUUGACGAAAAGUGAAUGGUUCAAUUAUCAUACAUUACAGACAGACAAUAAUUUUUGGGAGAAAGUAGGUAGUAAUAUGAGAGAAAUUCAAGUCAAAUUAUCCAUUAUGACAGCCGUGAGAGGAUGCGGGAAGCUCUCAAUAACGCAGAGUCUUUAUUUGAUCACUGCUUCAACAUUCAGUUAA